CGGCGGCUCUGCAGGGACAGUUGAGCUGCGAUCGUCAGCUUGUCGCGUUUGGAGGAAACAGACGCUUCACUCACUCUGAACAUUUCUGACAGACGAACACCUGCGAACAUUUCCACUGAAACUGUUAAUAAAAGCACCAGGUGGCCAAAUUACCCUCACUCCUCUGCCUCCCUGCUGAGAACCCCUGCUGUGUCUCCUCUGGCCUGGUUAGAGGCUGCAGAGACAGUCCUGCCCCCCCCCCCUCCUCCCCUUGGACCCUCUGGAUGCCCGCUGGUCCAGCCUGAGGAUGGAGAAGUACGAGAAGAUAGGAAAGAUCGGAGAGGGCUCCUACGGGGUGGUCUUCAAGUGCAGGAACAAAGACACGGGGCAGAUCGUCGCCAUCAAGAAGUUUGUGGAGUCAGAGGACGACCCCAUCAUCAAAAAGAUCGCACUGAGGGAGAUCCGGAUGCUCAAGCAACUGAAACACGCCAACCUGGUGAAUCUGAUCGAGGUGUUUCGGCGCAAACGGAAGCUUCACCUGGUGUUCGAGUACUGCGACCACACGGUCCUGAACGAGCUGGACCGCCAUCCCAGAGGAGUUCCAGAGCACCUCGUGAGAAGUAUCACCUGGCAGACGCUUCAAGCUGUCAACUUCUGUCACAAACAGAACUGCAUUCACCGCGACGUCAAGCCGGAAAACAUCCUCAUCACCAAACACCAAGUCAUCAAACUCUGCGACUUUGGCUUUGCCAGGAUUCUCACGGGGCCAUGCGACUACUACACAGACUACGUGGCGACUCGUUGGUACCGGGCCCCUGAGCUGCUGGUGGGAGACACUCAGUAUGGCCCUCCAGUGGACGUGUGGGCGAUCGGCUGCGUGUUCGCCGAGCUGCUGUCGGGGAUCCCUCUGUGGCCCGGGAAGUCUGACAUGGACCAGCUGUACCUGAUCAGAAAGACUCUGGGAGAUCUGAUCCCUCGACACCAGCAGGUCUUCAGCAACAACCAGUUCUUCUGUGGAGUUUCCAUCCCGGAGCCACAAGAGAUGGAACCUUUGGAGCAGAAAUAUCCAAAUCUCUCACAUCAAGCGCUGAGUCUCAUGAAGGGUUGUCUGAGGAUGGACCCGUCCGAGCGGCUCACCUGUGAGCAGCUCCUCCAGCACUCGUACUUCGACAGCCUGCGAGAAAAGAGCGAGAGCACCUCCCGAGAGCAGGACCGCUCCAGCUACAAGAGGACACGUUUGCCUCGCAAACACCUUCCUCCCGGGUAUUUGCCGCAGCUGACCAGCAGCAGCAUCUUUCCGGCUGUGGACAAUAAGCGAUACUACAACAACCUGCGCAAGUUCAACUACCACCUACCAAACAUCUAAAGCUGCUGCUCACAAGCCGAAUUAAAAACACCAUCAGCGGGCGGCAUUUUCUGAAGAACUCAGGAGAUGGAGCAGAUUGGUGGCUUUUAACGAGGAUUCAACCACUUUUUAAACUUUUUGUUCAUCACGUGGGGCUUGUGCCGGGUGUCUCUUGAUAUUGAUGUCAGUCUAUGCACUAUUUCCCGACAUGUGGACUCAGAUGGUUCAUGUAUGUUGCCUACGUUUCAAGCUGAUUUUGCUGUAUUUUGUAUAGAUGUGUAAAGACAAAGAGCGACGUGCUGCUCUGCUUGUAGCUGCUGAGUAGACUGAAGGUAAAACUGCGACGUACUGCCUUGCCUGGUUUGCCAAAUGUAUUUUUUAUAUACCGAUGGACUCUGUAAGAGUGACGUGUUUUUGUUAGAGUUGUUUCAUCGAUCGUCUCCAUUAAGUUAUAACGUAGAACACAAACUGGCUGUUUUGUCACGACUCAUGAGCAUUUCUGAAAUAUUUAUUGACGUCAGGAGUGAAUACAGUUAUACACAUUCCCACAUUGACUAGCACAUAGCAGUAACAACACCACAUCGUACUCAUGAUCUCUGGAACUUUGGUGCUAAGGAUGUUCACAGCCAUCUGUCUGUCCUCAGAUAUUGUACAAAUGCCAAAUUAAUCUAAAGGGAAAUGAUGUAAAAGAUUCCUCAGCAUUUCACAAUAGAGCUGCACGAUUAUGAUCAUCAUCAAUUGAUCUGCCAAUUAUUUACAUGAUUAAUCAUUUAGUCAAAAAUUGUGAAAAAUGCUCAUCACAAUUUCCCAACAGUCCGAAACCCAAAGACUCUUCAUCCACUAUCAUGAAUCUGUACAUUUAACAAGCUGGAACCAGCAAAUGUUUGAAUCUUUGCUUGAAAAAUGACUGAAACAAUUAAUCCAUUAUGAAAAUAUUUGGCAAUUUUCUUUCGAUUGCAAUGAAUCGACUAAUCGUUGCAGCUCUGUUUCACAAAUUGUUUGCUCUGUGUACCCUCAAAUGGAGUAACAUUUAAUACCUUGGAUGUUGACAAUAUAAUAAAUUAAAGGAAUAUAUCGUCCCAUCAAGACAAACUGGUGUCAACAGUGUAAAGUGCUUUAACAGUCCUGACAGCUGAAACAUCAACCUGUAUAUUUUCCCACUAAGUCAGACCUCGCUGUUGUU